AUGAUUCAAGAAGGAUACAACUACGGCUUUCUGGCGAGACUCUUCAGCUGCACGAUACCAAUUUAUUCCGAUUGUAUUUCCUCGUCCGCCAUUCCAUACUCUAGAAGUACUCCAGCUUGGUUCAAGCUCUCCGAGGAGGCUGUUAUCGAGCAGGCCCUCAAGUACGCCAAGAAGGGUUUGACCCCAUCGCAAAUCGGUGUCAUUCUGAGAGAUGCCCACGGAGUCUCCCAGACCAGAUUCAUCACCGGUAACAAGAUCCUGCGUAUCUUGAAGGCCAACGGUUUGGCCCCAGAGAUCCCAGAGGACCUUUACUGUUUGAUCAAGAAGGCUGUCUCUGUCAGAAAGCACUUGGAGAGAAACAGAAAGGACAAGGACUCCAAGUUCAGACUGAUUUUGAUCGAGUCCAGAAUCCACAGAUUGGCCCGUUACUACAGAACCGUGUCUGUCUUGCCUCCUAACUGGAAGUACGAGUCUGCCACUGCUUCUGCUUUGGUUAACUAG